AUGGCGCCCCCUCCAUCUGCCGACCUUCCUCUGUCUCAGAGGCUGCUGCAACUUGCGCAGACCCUGCAGUUCGGUUGGUUUGCUGGACACUUUGUCCUCAUCCUCUGCACCUUCCGCUACUUCCUAUCGUGGGUUCGCAUGAACUACUAUUCAGGCAUAGCCAAAUUAUCCUACCGAACUGCCUUUUUCGCCGCGGCCGUCACCUAUGGCAUUGUCGUUUACAAGACUUGGAGGGCACGAGCUCGUGCCGGCGCCAAGAAUCUCGCCCAUCCUCUCACCAUCAUGGGUGACGAGAACGUCCAGUACCUUGGAAUGGCUCUUGUGUGGCUUCUCUUCCCUCAGUACCCUCUUGCUCUGCUGCCCUAUACCAUCUACUCGAUCUUCCAUGUGGCCACCUACUCUCGCGCCAACCUGAUUCCCACCCUUAGCCCUCCCAAGCCCGUCCCCGCAGCAGCGGGCGCCUCCCCCAACGGAAAGCCGCAAUAUGCCCCGAACCCCAUCGCCGAGAGGAUCGGCGCUUUCGUCAAGCAGUACUACGACUCUUCCAUGUCCAUCGUCGCGAAGCUCGAGCUCGCCCUCUGGCUCCGCGUCUUCGUCUCCGCCCUCCUGUUCAAGCGCCGCUCCUGGAUCCUGAUCGCCCUGUACACCGCCUUCGUCCGCGCCCGGUACGCCCAGAGCUCGCACGUGCAGAACAGCGUGGCCGAGCUUGAGGCCCGCGUCGAUUCGGCCAUCGGCAACCAGGGCACCCCGCCUCAGGCGCGCCAGGUCUGGGAAGGCAUCAAGAAUGGCGCUCGUCAGUUCUACGUCCAUACCGACAUCAACCGUUACCUGAGCGGUGCUUCGGCCCCCAAGAAGACCUCUUAG